UUGCUCUUCACCUUUAAAAAGUACUACACAGAAACUGGCCACAAGCAGUGCACAGUUACAGUUCAGAAUACAUUGUAUUCCCACAAUGUGUGUGCACAGGCUGAUCCCUGGAGAAGCCCAGACCCGCCCCAUCAGACUGCCGUCCCAGCUCUGAGUUAGAGAUCAGCCCAGCCAUCAGGAGGAAGCCCUUCUAACACUGCAGACAUGGGGACAUUGCUCAAAUUAACUUUAAUCGGGAUCUGCCUGGCCUUCGUCGCUGAGAGGAUAGUACAACUCAGCCAUCGAUUGAACUUUUCAAGAGAGGUUGAACCCAUAGACCUUCCCAACUGUCAGUUAUUGAAAGGAAUUGAGUAUGGAUCAGAGGAUAUUGAGAUUCUUCCCAAUGGACUGGCAUUUAUCAGUUCUGGCCUAAAAUAUCCUGGUAUAUACAGCUAUGCACCUGAAAAACCUGGAGAAAUAUUUCUGUGGGAUCUUAAUGAAGAAAAUCUACGUCCAAGCUCAUUGCGUUUCAGUAGUGGGUUUGAUAUCUCCACAUUUAGUCCACAUGGUAUUAGUACUUACAUUGAUGAAAAAGAUGACACAGUAUACCUGCUGGUGGUUAAUCAUCCACAUUAUAAAACCACCAUUGAGAUAUUUCAGUUUGAAGAAGAGGAAAAUGUACUGAAGCACCUGAAAACGAUUAAGCAUGAACUGCUAUGGAAUGUUAACAAUAUUGUGGCUCUGGGACCUGAGAGCUUUUAUGCCACCAACGAUUAUUAUUUCUCAGAUUUUACCAUGAGACACCUGGAAAUGUUCUUCGGAUUAGGAUGGUCAGACGUUGUGUACUACAGCCCCAGUGAAGUGAGACAAGUGGCCUCUGGAUUCUAUAGUGCAAAUGGAAUCGCCAUGUCAACUGAUAAAAAGUUCAUUUACAUUGCUGAUAGCUUUGGUCAUACGCUUAAUGUUUUGGAAAAACAUGCAAACUGGUCCUUGUCUCCAGUGAAGGUUCUGCAAUUAGAUACAAUUUUGGACAACCUAGUUGUGGACCCAAAUACAGGGGAUAUUUGGACAGCCGGACAUCCAAACGGCAAAAAAGUAUUACUUUACAAUCCUGAUGAUCCAUCUGGAUCGGAGGUUGUCCGUGUGCAGAACAUUCAUUCUGACAAUCCUAUCGUGACCCAAGUAUAUGUGAACAACGGCUCAGUGAUACAGGCGUCUUCCGUGGCCGCCGUCUACGAGGGGAAGCUUUUUGUGGGAACUGUAUUUCAUAAAGCUGUGUACUGUGAUCUGGAGUAACCACAUGCACAGUGUAUAAAAUCUUUCUCCAGAGCACUGUUUUCUGAACUGUUGUAUAAAUUGAUUACCUCCAGGAAAAAGUACCAAUGUGUGAGGUGUGCCAAACAUAAAAGUUAAAUAUUCAGUGCAGACUUCAUUAAAACCAUCUGACUUUUAUAAAAAAGAAAGUUUAACAAAAUUUGUAUUAUUUCUAGGGAUACACCACUGAUCUUUUUAUUUUAUAUUUUUCUUCUUUAUUCUUAUACAAUGAAACAAAGCCGUGGGGAGCUGGCACCAGCUCCUGGGACAGUGCUAUGUCUAGUGUGUGGGGAGGGCUCUUUUUUUUGUUACCAUAAUUUCACUUUAUAACAAAAUGUUUGUGCACUAUGCAUGCAUUCAAAUGUCCACUAUACCAAGUUAACAUCUGGCAAGCUGAACAUAAUUGGGGUUAUGGUCCACAGCAUCUAAAGUGGCAGUAUUUGCCUGUUCUCAAUUACAAUUAAAUGUAAUUUACUAGUAA